ACGAGUUCUUCAAACGUUGUUUACCAGCUAAACAUUGAUGUUACAGAUUUACGUUCAAUAGCUAAACGAAAGCUGUAGCAUAUCUAAAUUGUUAACUUUAUUAUUCGUUGCCACUUUACGUUUACGUCCUAUAAAACCAUGACGUUAACCACUUCUCAACGCUCCCCUGGGCCGGCAACACCUUCCAGAUACUUUUCCAUGAGGAUUGAAAAAAUUCAUGCCAGCAGUAUGCCCGACCUACCGACGAUAUUUAAAGCAUCCCGUUCUAUCUCUCGAGCUACACCGCGUGGUACGCCUACUUCGAGCCCGGUUAGAGUCAACACAACUCCGACUCACACUAGUCGAAGACGUGGUGGGGUCCGAGGCCUUCAACAGCCAGACAGUCCCCGAAGGGCCACUCACCCCCUUGCCUCACCAUCUCGACGUCGCCGAAGCAACUUGUGGGCAGACCUUGAAGUGGACCCUUGGGCUCAAUUCAGACGGCGAGUAUGUACAAAUCCACUUCCUCCAGGCAGUCCUACCAUUGGCGGUCAUCGUCUACGACGAUUCAGUGUCACAACAAAAGGCAUCGUCCACUUAGGAGACGUUGUCAGGAACCGCUCCAGGUCGGAUAUAGAGUCCUCCGAAGGAAGUGGCAGCGACUCCAGUGAGCCUACUUCUUCAACCGGUUCCAGUUCUUCCAGUCGUAGAGGCAGUGAUCCUGCCCAACAUCGGGUGGUUAUCGUUGGGGGAGACAGGGUCGGAAAGGCAAGCCUCGUCUCGCAUUUCCUGAGCUCAGAAUAUUUAUCUCCAUACGAAAAUUACCAAGAUGCUCUAGACGGUAACUCCGACAGAUCCGUUUCUGUGCUUAUGCAAAGAGAAGAAACAGACCUAACAUUCCAAUGUGUUCCUGCUUCGGAGGCUACGUUGGACGACACAACGUUUUCCCUCACAGACGCAUUCCUAGUAGUUUAUUCAGUGACCGACAGGUCGAGCUACGAUGAUGCCGAGCGGACUCUCGCGCUGUUGCAAUACUUAAAGACAAAAUUAGCGAAUCAUUCGAUGGGACCUGAUUCUUUUCCCAAAGCCCUAAUUCUGGUUGGAAACAAGGCUGAUCUGGCUCGUAGUAGAACUGUUACUGAGGAAGAGGGUCGUAUCCUAGCAAGCAAAUACAAUAUCAAAUUCAUCGAAACGUCGGCAGCCAUUAGACAUAACGUAGAUGAAUUACUGGUGGGCAUCGUUAGUCAGAUUCGAUUGAGAUCGAAGGAAACAAGCUACAGAUCACGACGAUUAAGUGGGAAAGCCCGUGGGCUGAUGAGUAAAUUUUUACACAAAUGUGAACUGAAGGUCAGAUCAUGUGAUAAUCUCCACGUACUAUGAUGAUACUUUUGUGUUUCCAUUGAAAGUGUACCAAUCAUUGUGAUAUGCUUCCCCAUCUGUUCCUCCAUAUUUAGUUACACAAGAUCAUGAGGUGACUAAACUAAAUAACUAAUCAUAACAACGUUUUACUUUGACAUUCCUCUCUUAUUUAUGAUUGAGACUAUUAAAAAUACAGUUAUUUAUUUUUAGAAACAAAAUAAACUGUUUAAAUUUCCAGUGAACUUAAGUUCAUUAAAAUUGUGUCACAUACAAAUCCUUGAUUAUUAAUUCUAAACAUCGCCAUACUGUUAACUCCAUUUUUUGACAUUGUUUCUUUAAAAAGUCAAGUUUACCAGGUUUUAAAAUGCUGUCAUAGUAUUAGUUCCUGACUGAUGUUUCAGUUUUAUGUAAAACUCCACAGAGAAACAAUUGUGACGCUUUAUAUUUUCUAUGUUUGUUAUCAAGCUUUCAAAAUGGUGUAUUUGAGAAAGUGAAAAUCAAAAUGUUACUACGAAAACAAAGUUUGCGAGUUUUUGCUUUUAUAUUGAACACUGAGAAAUUGAUGUAAAUAUGUGUAAUUGUACAGAACAUUUUUAAUGUUUGUUAUGACAUUUGCUUAUGCGUUGUCAAUAAAGAAUAAAUCAUUUAUGCUUA